GAGACAGCCUUGCAAUUUUAAGGGCAGAAUUGAAGAGUCAAAAGAAGCACGUAAGAAGUUUGAAAAAGAAGUCACUCUGGUCCAAGAUUUUGGAAGAGGUGAUGGAAAAGCUUGUAGACAUUGUCCAUUUCCUGCAUGUGGAGAUCCAUGAUGCUUUUGGCAGUGCAGAUGGAGAUAGACCAGUCAAAAACAACCAUAAAAAAUUGGGAUCUGCCGGUCUUGCAUUGCAUUAUGCAAAUAUUAUUACUCAAAUUGAUACACUUGUAACUCGAUCAAGUUCUGUGCCUCCAAAUACAAGAGAUGCUUUAUAUCAAGGACUUCCACCUAGUGUAAAAUCAGCUUUGCGCUCCAAAUUACAGUCAUUUCACCCAAAGGAAGAGCUUACCGUCCCCCAAAUCAAAGCCGAAAUGGAGAAAACUUUGCAGUGGCUUGUUCCCAUUGCCACAAAUACAACCAAAGCGCAUCAUGGCUUUGGUUGGGUUGGAGAAUGGGCAAAUACAGGGUCUGAAGUGAACCGCAAACCUGCUGGCCAAACAGACUUGAUCCGGAUUGAGACGCUCCACCAUUCAGAUAAGGAGAAAACCGAAGCCUAUAUUCUCGAAUUGGUAGUGUGGCUUCACCAUCUCAUCAGCCAAUCAAGGGCUGCUGGCAAUUGUGGAAUCAGGUCCCCCGUUAAAUCCCCAAUUCGUUCCCCAAGUCAGAAAGCAAUUCAGUUAUCAAUGCAACACCCCAGCUCUCCAUCACCUUCACUGACAGUCGAAGACCAAGAGAUGCUUCGGGAUGUAGGCAAAAGGAGACCAACCCCGGGAAAAAGUAAGAGUCAAGAAUUUGAUACUGCAAAAACCAGGUUAAGUAAGCACCAUAGGCUGAGUAAGAGCAGCAGUCACUCUCCAACGAGGGAAAUUAAGAAGGAUCCCUUUCCCAUUAGGAGACUAUCAUCUGUCCCGGUCAUUGACUUUGACAUUGAUCGGAUCAAGGCAUUGGAUGUCAUUGAUAGAGUAGACACCAUUCGAAGUGUAUAGUUUUCAAGGGAUCUAGGUGCAUUGGUUUAAGGGAACCUCGUCUAUGCAUCCAUGGCUUUGUCUUCUGCUGCAUCACUUCCUGUUGAUCUGAGUUGGUGGCACAGGGGAUGCUUUGUGAGAUAUGUAGAAGAUUCUGAGUGACAUCAGCUAAUACUUUUCUGCAUGUGAAUUUGAGAAAUGGUGCUGAUUGAAAAUGUACUGUGGUGCCCCGGGGAGGGAUUUUGGCUGUCGAGAGAUGGAAUGCAAAUUUAGCGAUUUGUUAUCAUCAGUGUCAUCUAUGUACAGGGUGUCUAUUAGUUACUGAAUAAUUGGAAGUUAUGAUUCUGUUGCUUUUCUUUCCAGGGUUCCUUUUUUCUCUUUCUGGUAAUCAUGUCUGAUUCUCAGUCUUCAGAAUAUGUGCAUAGUGAAUUGUUUUUUCGGCCUCGAGCAAAGCCAAUGUUACCUUCUUCCCCCCCCCUAGUUUUUCACUUAUCUUAUUCACUGCCAUGAUUGUAGUGUUGGAGACCAAGGGAAUUUGAUUACAUUACAAAGACUAACUGAUGAAAACGAUUGAGCAAUCUGGACAUUCAUUGUUACUUGGUCAUUGAUAUGCACAAUUCACCAGGCUUUG